CCCUAUCAGAGCGCAGAGCUGCAAGUUGCUAUGACAGGAGGCAGAGGACGCCAGCUGGACCAGGCUCUCCGGGAUUUACCGAUCUUUGGCGAUGCACAAGAUCAGCUGCGUUUUUUAUUUUACUUCUGCCGUAGAGCCUGUCUGAUCUGAUUUGUUUUUAUACCUGCUCUGCUGAUGUUUCUGCACGAAGGAUGAAGAAAAAAAGUUGUUUGUUUUGUAAUUUAACGUCAUAUUUAGUAAAUCAGAUUCUUUAAAUAGAAAAGGUUUACUUUUGGGUGUGUUUUCCUGAAAGAAAGAGGUUGAAACACCACUUAGACUUUUUACCACUAUAUCCUAAAUUACCGCCAUGCUGUCCAGCGUGCGGCGGCACAGCCUCCGCCUCCAGUCGGAGCUCCACCGCUGGAGCAUCUGCGACCCGGGCAGCCACCUCCUCCCGGACGGCCUCCUGGCCCGGGUCCCAAUGUGCAUCUCCCGCUCCAAAUCCUGCGCCAGCUCCGCCGGGGAAUCGGACGGGAGCCGCGGGAGCUGGUCGUCAUCGGACUCGGUUAUCUCCGUCGACUCCGCCGGGGGCGCGGUGGAGCCCGGGAGCCCGUACAGGGUGGUGCUGCUGGGGGCCAGCGGGGUCGGUAAGACUGCGUUCGCAAACAUCUUCGCAGGCGGAGCGGACAGCAUGGACAGCGAUGACUGCGAGCUGUGUGGAGAUGAAGUGUCUGAUAGGGAAAUUGAAGUUGACGGAGAGACUGCAACUAUAAUCCUGUUGGAUACCUGGGAUGCAGAGAAAGGUGAUGAGUGGACCCAGGAGCGCUUCAUGCAGAUAGGUGAUGCCUACCUGCUGUUGUACUCUAUUACUGAUCGGGCAUCGUUCCUGCGAGCAUCAGAGCUCCGGAUAACCCUACGUCGCUUCCGUCCUGCACGACACACCCCCAUAAUCCUGGUGGGGAACAAGUGCGACCUGGUGAGGCGCAGAGAGGUGUCAACAAGUGAGGCCCGUGCUUGUGCUGCUGUAUUUGACUGUAAAUUCAUAGAGACCUCGGCAGCCAUGCAGCACAACGUCUGGGAGGCUUUUUACGGCAUCGUGAGACAGCUGCGCCUGCGACGAGACUCCAAAGAGGACAACAGACGUCGCAGGCACAUACACUGUGAGAAUCGCAGAGAGAGCCUUCCUGUUAGGGCCAAGCGUUUUCUCAACAAGGUGGUGGCAAAGAACAAUCCCAGCAUGGCGUUCUGGAUCAAAUCCAAAUCUUGUCAUAAUCUGUCAGUACUGUAGACCACCCUGAAUGCAGGGGGAAAUCACCUGAGCAGAGGAAACAACUUAAAGGCUGGAGAAAAGAAGCUGUGGAUCUUCCUCUGCCUCUGAGGAGCUUCGAGUUGGAUGACUCUGUCCUCGUGGUGUUUACCAUCCACCCUCCAUUCAGCAAAGGUGGUGGUGUAGGUUUGCAGCAUACCUAUAUAGGCUGUCAUCUUGCUGUUGUAAACAGUCUGAGUGGACAGCAAGCUUCACAAGUAAUGUGUUGGACAUGUCAUAAGUCAUGGGACAGAAGUAUGCUAUUUGAGACAUUUAAUGGAAACAGAAAAUGUAGUGAUUUUUAUUCUGUUUUCUUUGUUUGUUCUUUUUUUCCUCUUCAUAAUUUUUUCCAUGUUUUGCCAAAUGCUGUAAUAAUAACUGUACACUUUUCUACAUAUAAUUUGUAGAACCUCUGUGAUAAUUACACAUUUUCUUUUUAUUUAUGAUGCAGUGUUUUAUGCAUUAAUUGUAAGAACAGAUUGAUGAUGUGUUGCAUUUUGCUACUUUGAAACAUUGCAUGAAGAAAUAAAGUGACAUUUUUGUUUGGAAGAA